AUGACUUCCCAAGCUCUUUUGGCCGUACUUUUGGUAACUUUGCAGAUAACAGCAGGUAUAUGUUCAUGUGGAGGAGAUGAGUAUCAAUUAAGUCAUUUCCACCACUCUUCCUCAAAGCAGGAGGAAUGCAAAACCCACCAUGAAGUUUCUAUGCAUUACCAUGUUCCUUCAUCGAGGGCCGUCAAAUCUUUAAAUGUACCCACCUAUGCUACUUUCGAACAACCUUCUGUUCCCGUGAGUAUUCCAAUUACCCAACCCAAAAUGGUUUAUUCAGUACCUUCCCAACCACAAAUCCAACAACAAAUAUACCAACAACAGGAACAGUCCGAAAAUCUUCAAGAACAAUUGCAAUACCAAUACGUACCGAAGAAGCCUUGCGUUUCAGUACAAGCGACACCGCAAAGACCAUCUUACGCUUGCAACAAAAAUGUUCCAGUACCAAACCAACAACAGCUACUACAACAACAACUGCAACAACAGUUGAAGCAACAAAUGAUGCAGAUGGUCCAGAGCGCCGUCCCUGCACCUUGUCCGUCCUAUAAGUCGAAAGCACAAUAUUUACAUCAGCAGGAACAUCAACAGCAGGAGUCGUGUCAAACGCAGGUUUACUACGGUUAAUAAUUAAAUUUCCAUUUAUUUUUGUUGUUGUUGUAUACAUAUAUUAAUUUAUUGUAAAUGUAAAUAAUAAAUAAAUU